AGGCACUUACAUGCACAGGCAUACAAGUGGGCUAAAGAACUCCUCGGCGAAGUGGGAAGGUCAUUGUGAGUGGAGAGAGUGCUCGCGUCGAGUAUGCUCCGUGGUAAAGGGAACAUCACAAAGAGCCAACAUCUGUAACUUCGGGAUUUACUUGUAAAGGCGCUUCUUACUGGAGAUCGUGGGAUAUUCUGUGUAUAAUCAUGCCUGUGAGAAGAGGUCACGUUGCGCCACAAAAUACAUUCCUUGGAAUGAUUAUCCGGAAAUUCGAGGGUCAGAACCGGAAAUUUGUGAUAGCCAACGCCAGGGUGGAGAACUGUGCAAUCAUUUACUGCAACGACGGCUUCUGUGAGAUGACAGGCUUCUCGAGACCAGACAUUAUGCAGAAACCAUGCACCUGCGACUUCCUUCACGGCAACUUGACAGAGAAAGAAGCCAUCAGCCAGGUGGCCCAGGCUGUGUUUGGCUCCGAGGAGCGCAAGGUGGAGAUCACCUACUACCGCAAGGAUGGGACUGACUUUCUGUGUAACAUUCACGUCAUCCCGGUGAAAAAUGAGGAGGGCUUGGUGAUGAUGUUUAUCCUAAAUUUUGACUACGUCGUGGAUGAGGAAAGUGACAACUCCACAGAGAAGAUAAGCCCAACAUCCCCCACAAAGUCCGAUCAAAGGAGUCGAUUCUUCCGCUUCCGCCAGGCUGCUUUGAGCCUCAUGAAUACCAAGCAAUCUCUUCCACAAGAGGACCCAGAUGCUGUAACGGUGGACCCGCCCAAAGAGAAUGAGGGCUCAAUGGCCCUGCAGAGCAUCCCCUCACCCACGAAGAGCAUUUGCAGUCCCAUUGAGACCAAUGACAAGCGUGGCCUCAUAGGCUCAAGCCACCACUCUUCCCAGGCUAGCGUUGGCCCCGAACCAAUUGACCAUUCAUCCCCUAAACUCCUCUGGGAGAAGCUGUAUCAGACAGAGCCGCACCAGUCCUCCACCACCCUGUCAAACACCUUCCCCAGAGGCAGCUUCAACAGCAUGAGGCGAGCCUCAUCCGUCCAUGAAAUUGAGGCCUACAGCUCCAAUUCCAAAAGCCUUUUCAGGGAUCGUCCUACCAGUGAAGGCCCUUUUAAUCAUGUGAAGUCCAGCCUGCUUGGCUCUACCUCUGAUUCUAACAUCAACAAGUACAGCACCAUCCACAAGAUCCCUCUGAUUGCACUCAACUUCCAUGAGGGGGCUGAAAAGAAGACUCAUUCUCCGCCAACAUCCGAAACCACCAUAAUAGCACCAAAGGUCAAAGACAGAACUCACAAUGUCACAGAAAAAGUCACACAGGUCCUGUCACUCGGAGCUGAUGUGCUACCAGAGUACAAACUCCAGACAGCCCGCAUUGACAAGUUCACCAUCCUUCACUACAGCCCCUUCAAAGCUGUGUGGGACUGGCUGAUCCUGCUGCUGGUCAUCUACACAGCAAUCCUCACUCCCUACUCUGCCGCCUUUCUUCUCAAUGACCAAGAGGAGCAGAAGAGGCGUGAAUGCGGAUACUCUUGCAGCCCUCUUAAUGUAGUGGAUUUAAUGGUGGACAUCAUGUUCAUCAUCGACAUCCUCAUAAACUUCCGGACCACUUACGUAAACGUGAACGAGGAGGUGGUCAGCGAUCCAGCUAAGAUAGCAAUCCAUUACUUCAAAGGCUGGUUCCUUAUAGACAUGGUGGCAGCAAUCCCCUUUGACCUUCUUAUCUUUGGUUCAGGAUCAGAUGAGACCACCACUCUGAUUGGCCUGUUGAAGACAGCGAGGCUCCUGCGAUUGGUGCGUGUAGCCCGGAAGCUGGACCGCUACUCUGAGUACGGUGCUGCAGUCCUCAUGCUGCUCAUGUGCAUCUUCGCCCUCAUUGCCCACUGGCUAGCCUGUAUAUGGUAUGCCAUUGGGAAUGUGGAGAAGCCCUACUUGGAGCACAAGAUCGGCUGGCUAGACAAUCUGGGCGUGUCCAUAGGAAAGAGAUACAACUACAGCGACCCUAGCUCUGGUCCCUCCACAAAGGACAAGUAUGUCACAGCACUUUACUUCACCUUUAGCAGUCUGACCAGCGUGGGCUUUGGAAAUGUUUCCCCAAACACCAACUCAGAGAAGAUCUUUUCCAUCUGCGUCAUGUUGAUUGGCUCCCUCAUGUAUGCCAGUAUUUUUGGAAACGUCUCUGCCAUCAUCCAGAGGUUGUACUCGAAUACGGCCAGAUAUCAUGCUCAAAUGUUACGGGUCAAGGAGUUCAUACGCUUUCACCAGAUUCCCAACCCACUGAGGCAGAGGCUGGAGGAGUACUUCCAACACUCCUGGGCCUACACCAACGGCAUUGAUAUGAACACGGAGGUGUUAAAAGGUUUUCCUGAGUGCCUGCAGGCGGAUAUCUGCCUUCACCUCAACAAGAAUCUUCUUCAAGAUUGCAAAGCGUUCCAAGGAGCCUCCAAAGGCUGCCUGAGGGCCUUGGCAAUGCAUUUCAAAACCACUCAUGCCCCUCCUGGAGACACUCUGGUCCACAGUGGUGAUGUGCUCACCGCUCUCUACUUUCUAUCCCGCGGCUCUAUCGAGAUCCUGAAAGAUGACAUUGUGGUAGCCAUCCUGGGAAAAAAUGACAUCUUUGGAGAAAUUAUCCAUCUACUUGCCAAGCCUGGGAAGUCAAAUGCUGAUGUGCGAGCUCUGAGUUACUGUGACCUGAGCACCAUUCAGAGAGAAGAUCUGCUGGAGGUGAUAGACAUGUACCCAGAGUUUGCCGACUACUUCUUCAACAACCUGGAGCUUACCUUCAACCUCAGAGAUGAGUCUCCAAAGCCCUCAAGCUCCCAAUGCGGUGAUUCAGACGGCGAGGGCAGUAAGAGCAUCAAAAGAAGGAUCUCCUUCACACCAGACGUAUCUAAAGGGGAAAACAAGGAAGUGGUUAAAAACGUGAGGAGGGAGAAGGAGUCUAACUCGUGCCUGAAGAGAAGUUCAGAAGUCCUGGGUCCCUCUCCACCCAAUGUCUCAGUCCUGGACUCAAAUCUUAUUGUCAGAGACAACGUGGAGAGAAGACCAUCAUUCGAAGAUCUGUGCUGUGAUAAAUGGGCCUGUAAGAAGCCUGCGGAGUACCUGGAUGAGUCAGCACAGUUACAGGACCUGAGAGAGGACGACAAUUCUGCCAGCGAGAUCACGUAUGGAGAGGUGGAGCAGCGCUUAGGUCAGCUUCAAGAGCACCUAAACAGGCUGGAGUCUCAGAUGGUGACAGAUAUUCAGACCAUCCUGCAGCUGCUGCAAAGACAACCGACGCUGGGACCUCCAGCCUACAGCACUGUGACUGCCAGUCCAGACUAUCACAGACCUGCUGUGAAGGUUCAGCCGGUUGCUCUGACUGCAAGCCAUUAUUUCAGCCAUACAGGAACUCAAGGCCCCAACCACAAAUUGGAGAGGGCCGUUCAGGAAUCCAAAGACUCUCUGUCGAGCUUGGCCAACCUGAAUGCACCCAUCGAGGGCAGCCUUACAGCAUUGCUUGUACAUAGACAUACAGAGCCACAACAACAGCAGCAGCAACAACAGAUCACAGGGCAUCAACAGUCCACGCUGAUCCUUCUUCCAACUGAAACUUCUUCCAUCUCCCCAGCCCCUUCUGACCUCAACACCACUGGACUCCAUGGACCUGUCUCAGACUCAGAGUUUCCAAGGCCGUGAACUUCCAGGAGCACAGUGUUCUAAUAUCUGGGUUGUAAUGCUGUAAUUAUUUUUUAAGUAGCAGCUUUUUAUCAGCAUGCUGGCACAGACUGUAUUGUUCAUUUGCAAUGGCUUGGUAAUAGUAGGCCUGGUAAGAUGUUUUUUUCCUUCAUUAUGCAUGUGGAUAAAAUACUGUGCGCUGCAGUUAACAGUGUGUUAAACUGUUGUCUGCAGUUAUCAGAGUAAUAACAAUGGUUACAUAUUGUAACAGCAGUUCUAUCAACACAGAAGAACUCUCUGGCGGACUUUUUAAGCAUCAUCACACACACUCAAAAUGUACAUGUAGAUGAACCAAUCAGGAUGAACCUAUUCAACCACACAGAGAGUGGUCCUAUUCAAGAACAACACUUCCCCAUUUACUAAGUCUACAGCUUCCUAAUUUAGUCCACUUAAUCGGCAUGGAUGCUGGUUACAGGGCGCCACCUGGCUGUGAUAGAACCAGCACUACGACACCUUAUCAACGUCCGGUUUCACCCAAGCUUUGUACUCUAAUUGGCUUUAAUGGACUAUUUACCACUUGAAUGUGGGUUUGCACUGUCACACAAGCACCAGUGCAUUAGUCCAACUACAUUCACAACUUAAUUUGUGGACCCCAGGAAACAACAACCAUCAGAGAGAUGUGUCGCUCCCUCCAUCAUUACUUGUUAUGCAGGAGUCAGGAGAGGAGCUGACUGACCUACCUCACACUAGACUGGUCCCAAUAUCCAGCUAAAUACAUCACAUCAUGUGAGUUUCUUCCUGGUGUCAGCUGCAAAACUGGGAUAAGAUUAGCUCCCCAACCCCCAGGUCAUAUUACCCACUACCAGGAAACCACAAAGUACAUGCACAGUAUGACUGCUUCUCAACAUCCCCAGGUAAGGUGCCUGAGCAAUCCUGGAAAACAGGGACUUAUGGCAAAGACAGACACUCAAAAACCAUUUAAGUCCUUCAUGGUCCAAAAAGACAAAAGUAAGUCACAUGAUGGAUAAAGUGACUAUCGGAAGCCACCAAACCUUCACUACCAGUACUCUUGUGCAGAAAGUAAGAGAGGGGGGGCAGGAAAAGGCCACACACGCAAAGAUCACCCCACUGUACAUGGCAGAGAUAUGGGAUUCCACGACAAACACUGCCAGGGAGAGUUCCCCGCCCAUCCUGAACUAUUGGGAAAGCCUUUGCAUAGUUGACAACGGUCAAUUUAUUUUAGACAGGAAUUUUGCCAACAACCUUAUCAGUCCCUUUGAUAUGCCUUCCAUGUCUGCAUUCAGAAGAGGGAAAUGUCUCCCCAGGAGCUGAGUGUCAACAGAGAGCAGCUGCUGUACCACUCACUGCCAAAGUGGCCCUAGAGAACGGCCAAUGCAAUUGAUCCCUCAGCAUCCUAAUACUCCAGUCAGUGUAAAAAGGGAAGUAAAAAUGGACACCAAUGACUAAAGAUUGUAAAUGCUGACUGGAGGCAGCUAUGUCACUAGCUUGUCCAGGCAGAUUGCAAGUCCAACCCAAGACUUAAAAACAAGAAAUGAGAGCCAAAGCUAAGGCCCUGCAACACUUUGUGUCCUCAUUGCCACCAUACAUGUACUUUACAAGUAGUACAAAGCAUGAGGAGGGGAUGACACAGCCAUUCCUCCUCCAGUUGCUGUGAUAUUUGCAUGGCAUCUGACUCAGAGACACUGACAAGGCCAUAGGUUGAAACGCAUACUGUGAAUUUCCUCCGCUUGGGAUACUGGCUAUGUGAACAUCCUGAACAGUCACUGAUGAACCUGGUAAGUCUUGUUAGAGCCCGUUCAAGCAUGUGUGCGAUACAUAUACAGACUAUACAAACUAUUUUCUGCAGAUCUUAGUGUAACACAGCAUUAUUACAAAGGUGUGACAACAGUUUUCUUAUCCUUAGUUGUAUGCCCAGACGUGUGACUCAGGGGUUAUGGAAAAUUGCACUGCAAAAUACAGUACAGUAUAAAGUAUACUGUAUUUUUCUUCUUUAAACAAUGUGCAUUAUUACUGCGGUCACUGACGUGCACCUACUGUACGACAUUAAGCCAACAGAACACACCAUACAUGCUUGUCCGGGCAGAUAUCAAAUCAUGCAGAUUUGAGAGUAUUUUUGCUGUUCUGCUGCCUCAGACAAACACGCAUGGUGUAGAUAUUUCUACUUGGCAGUGCAUGUGUUUUAUAUUUAUAUGUUUAUUGUUUUGCACUGCUUAUGAGCCCAAAGUAGCACAUUACAAUAUAAACAUGAUGUCAGCAUAUAUGUCUCUUUUGUAGGAUGCACUUAGAGGGUGUGUUGGGGGAGAGAGGGGUAGGAGGACUCAUGGAAAGUUAGUACUUGCGCAUAAGCAGGCCCCAGAGGGGGUCUUGUGCCUAUACAACCAAUCCAAAUGAUAAGUCAGCAUCUUUAUGUAUAACUAACCAGAAUAUCGAAGAAGCAUAUCGUUUCCCUGUACUGUUUUUGUUGGCAUUGUAAAUUAAAGUUAAAAUGUUGUUAGAAAAUUGUUAGAAGAUAAAUGCAUCACAUUAAAAGAUGUACAAAACAUUUUUUUUAUUUUUUUUAAUGAGUAAAUAUUAUGAGAAACUCUUUAGCAAAACAGAAGUACAUACAUUUGUUUUGAAGCUGUGCGAGCAAUAAAUGAAAACACA